CUGACCAGAAUGCAGUGUGGUCUAAACACAGAAUGUGAUUGGCUGGUGAGAAAACGUUUUAGGAAGUAGCGCGUCGGAUUACGUUUUUGCCGACUGAAAUUCCUCCUCAUGACAAUCUGCUGUUGAGAUUCCCACUAAAGAACAACUUUAUUCAGAAAACUCUCUCAUGGCUGGCAGAAGAGUUGUGGUCUUCCCCUCCUCAGCGGAGCUUGGACCGGUGCUGGCCCAACUGGUGAAAUCUCGGGCUGAGAAGGCCAUCAUCUCUCAUGGCCGGUUCACCCUGGGGCUCUCUGGAGGAAGUCUUGUGUCCAUGCUCAGCAAAGAGCUGCCCGCCCUGCCAGACCUGGACUGCAGCAAGUGGGUGGUUGCUUUCUGUGACGAGCGACUGGUUUCCUUCGAUGAUCCUGAGAGCACCUAUGGGCUGUACAAGGGUCAGUUGUUUUCCAAGGUCAACAUUCCUGACAGUGGGAUCUUAACCAUUGACUCCUCUCUGGCAGUCAACGAGUGUGCUGAGGACUAUACCCGCAAAUUGAAGGAGGCCUUCCCAGAUGGUGACUUCCCAGUGUUUGACCUGUUACUGCUGGGUAUGGGACCUGAUGGACACACCUGUUCCCUCUUCCCAGACCACCCUCUCCUGGAGGAAACCAAGAAGAUUGUGGCCCCCAUCAGCGACUCUCCCAAACCACCGCCACAGCGCGUAACUAUGACCUUUCCAGUGGUGAACUCUGCACACUGUGUGGCUUUUGUAUCAACAGGAGGAAGCAAAGCACCCGUUUUAAAGGAAGUGCUAGAGGGUAGAGAGGGUCCAGCGUUUCCAGCGGCCCGUGUUGUCCCGACUAACGGCGAGCUGUUCUGGCUUGUUGAUGACCCUGCAGCUGCCUCCUUAACUAUCCAGGUAGAAAGGCUAGGCUCGGGGGCCAAACUCUAGAGCUUUCCAUCUGCCAAAUGAAGGCUUAAGGUCAACACUGGUGUGAAAACCUGAAUGAAGGAACUGAAAAAUGGUGCAAAACAUUCCUACUUUCACAUUCAAAUGGUUUAUGUAGGUGAGAUCGUAAGAGAGGAAAUGGAGAUGAACAAAAAAAAAA